CUUGAGAAACUGAGCGAUGGAGACAUGUAUGAUGUCCCUUCCUUGACAGUACAACAGAGGCCAUGAAGAGCCAGAAGCUGGGUUUCCUGAGCAGCCUGCUCUUCAAAUGGCAGUCACAGGCAACUUUUGUUGCUGCUUCUGGUUUUGGCUCCUGGUCUUGUUUUCCUCUGCUACCUGAUCCACCUCACUAACCAGGAAAUCCAGGUGAGGACAAGAAAUGAGGAGGUCAAAGGGCACGCUCUGGGGGUGUACCUGGCCUGCACGGCUUUUGUCAUACUGGUAGAGGUUGGAUUUAUCGUGGCACAGUCAUUGCUCUAUGGUUUCUGGGUAGAUACUCACUAUAUAUGUCAAGCAUCUCCGUGUGUUUCCAGAACAGACUGUUACAUUCCCCAUGCAUUGGAGAAGACAAUUUUCCAAUUUAUAAUGUUGACAGCAUCAUGCAUCUCCCUCCUGCUGAGUGUGGUGGAGCUGGUUUGUGUGCUGCUGAGAGCCAAGGUGAGGCACGGACAGCCGGAUGGUGCAAAGGCUCUACAGUCGUGGUCAGGGGUCGAGGAGAGUUGGAGUUUCCUGAGUCAGCUGCUGGCCCUGUGGCAUUCCCAUGCUGGUCUCUUGGGUAAAACCAUCCUCCCAGUGUUGCAGCUGAUCCGGCUUGUUAUUAUCGGGGCAGCGGUGCAGCCAGUCUGGCAAGGAGAUUUAGGAGACUUUGUUUGUGACACUAUCCACCCAGGCUGCAAACAUGCUGGGUUCAAUGAAAUCUUCCCCUUCUCUUUGCGAAAUUACUGGACACUGCAGGUGCUUCUCGUUUUGGCUCCUGGUCUGAUUUUCUUCUGCUACUUGAUCUACAUCAUCAUCAUGGAAGAAACGAGAAGCCCAGAAACUUGGGUUAAAGGUCAAGUACUGGGAGCGUAUUUGGGCCUCUUGACAGCAGUUAUUCUGGUGGAGGUGGGAUUUGCAGUGGGGCAGGCUUUGAUUUUCGGUUUCUCCCUGUCUACCAACUCAGUCAUAUCCGCCGGGCCGUGUUUUGGCGGAGUCUUAUGUCACACCUCCCAGGCAACAGAGAAGAUGGUGUUCAUGGUCAUCAUGUUAUGUGUGGCGUGCCUGUCAAGCCUGCUGACCCUGGUGGAGAUGUGCAUGGUGUUGAAGAGCGAGAGGCCAUGGGGAAAGAGCCGGUACAAGAUGUCAGAGGCCUCAGGCUUUGAGAUGUCACCUUUCAAGGAGAAAACUACAGAGGACAAUGAAAGCUGCACCACACCCAACAUCUAAAGCUCACUAACAGACUGAGGGUGAUCCCACGCCUAAACCAUGACAUUAGAGCCUUUUAAAGAGAGGAGGUUGGACACGUCCACCAGCUCUUUCUUUACUUUUUAUAUCACUGUAUAUUACUCUGAAAAACACUUCUAAAGAAUUACAAGAGAAAUGUAGUAUCUUGUAAACUUUCAAGAAAACUAUAUAAGAAAAAGGAAAUACAUAUAAAUGUUGCAUGUAUAAGGUGAAUGGUUUGUAAUUGACUCCGCUGCAUGAGGAGGAUGUGAGGAUGCUGUCAAUGAAGACUAAAGAAAAUGUG